CCAGUUCAGGAUCUACCUACACUGCACACCAAGGCCAUGCCUCGCUUCUCCUCCACCACGCCAAUGUCGCCACCCCGCCUCCUCCUCCGGCUCCGCGCCCGCCACUCCUCCUCCACCUCUCAUCCCUCACGCAUCUGGGAUCCCCACGCUGCCUUCGCCGCCGCCACGGAACGUGGGCGCUCUGGCAACCUCACCCCGGAGGACGCACACCACCUGUUCGACGAAUUGCUCCGGCAGGGCAAUCCUGUCCAGGACCGCCCCUUGAACAAACUUCUCUCCGCCCUCGCCCGUGCUCCGGCGUCCGCGGCCUGCAGAAACGGCCCUGCACUCGCGGUUGCCCUCUUCAGCCGCAUAUCCCAAGGUGCCCGCCGACGGGUGGCGGAGCCAACGGCCUGCACCUACGGCAUCCUCAUGGACUGCUGCUGCCGCGCACACCGCCUGGAUCUGGCGCUCGCCUUCUUCGCCCGUCUCCUCAAGACGGGCCUGGAGGCAAACCAAGUCAUCUUCAACACCCUCCUCAAGGGACUCUGCCACGCAAAGCGCUCAGAUGAGGCUCUGGACGUGCUGCUUCACAGGAUGCCUGAGCUGGGCUGCACCCCCGGCGUUGUGGCGUAUAACACGGUCAUCCAUGGCUUCUUCAAGGAAGGCCAAGUAGGCAAGGCGUGCAAUCUAUUCCAUGAAAUGGUGCAGCAGGGUGUUAUGCCUGAUGUGGUGACAUAUAACUCGGUUACCGAUGCGCUGUGCAAGGCCAGAGGAAUGGACAAGGCAGAGUAUUUCCUUCGUCAAAUGGUUGAUGAUGGUGUCGUACCUGAUACUGUGACUUAUAAUAGCCUCAUCCAUGGAUACUCCUCUUCAGGCCACUGGAAGGAGGCAGUUAGGGUAUUCAAAGAGAUGACAAGUCGGAGGGUUACACCAGAUGUGCAUACUUACAACAUGUUUAUAACCUUUCUUUGGAAACAUGGAAGAAGCAAAGAAGCUGCAGGAAUUUUUGAUUCCAUGGCUAUGAAGGGCCUGAAACCUGACAACGUUUCAUAUGCUAUUCUCCUUCAUGGGUAUGCCACCGAAGGAUGCUUAGUUGAUGUGAUUAAUCUCUUCAAUUCCAUGGCAACAGACUGUAUUCUACCUAACUGUCAUAUCUUCAACAUACUGAUUAAUGCAUAUGCUAAAUCUGGGAAGCUUGAUAAGGCUAUGCUUAUAUUUAGAGAAAUGCAGAAACAAGGAGUGAGCCCAGAUGCAUUCACAUAUUCAACCUUCAUACAUGCAUUUUGUAAAAAGGGUCGGUUGGACGAUGCUAUGAUAAAGUUUAAUCAGAUGGUUGAUACAGGAGUACGACAGGGCACAGCUGUUUAUGGUUCUCUAAUCCAGGGUUUUUGUACACACGGCGAUUUGGUGAAAGGAAAGGAAUUGGUUACUGAAAUGAUGAACAAAGGUAUACCUCCUCCUGAUAUUAUGUUCUUCCAUUCAAUCAUGCAGAACCUAUGCACAGAAGGAAGGGUAAUAGAAGCACGGGAUAUCCUUGGCUUGAUAGCGCACAUAGGUAUGAGGCCUAAUGUUUGCACAUUUACUAUACUGAUCGGUGGGUACUGCCUAGUCUGCAAGAUGGAGGAUGCAACAAAAAUGUUUGAGGAUAUGGUGUCAUUUGGUUUAGAACCUUGUAAUAUUACGUAUGGUAUACUUAUUAAUGGCUAUUGCAAAAAUAGAAGGAUUGAUGAUGGGCUUAUUCUGUUCCAAGAGAUGCUGCACAAGGGACUUAAACCUACAACUUUUAAUUAUAAUGUCAUACUGGAUGGGUUAUUUCUGGCUGGACGAACUGUUGCUGCAAAGGAAAAGUUCGAUGAGAUGGUUGAAUCUGGAGUAAGUGUGUGCACUGAUACAUAUUCGAUAGUUCUUGCUGGACUUUGCAGAAAUAAUUGCUCUAGCGAAGUAAUCAUGCUGUUCCAGAAAUUAAGGGCAAUGAACAUGAAAUUCAAUAUUAGAAUUGUCACUAUCAUGAUUGAUGCCUUCUACAAGGUUCGGCGAAACCAAGAAGCUAAGGAUUUGUUUGCUGCAAUACCAUCCAAUGGCUUGGUAGCUAAUGUUGUUACCUACAGCAUAAUGAUGAAAAAUCUUAUAAAAGAAGGUUCAGUGGAAGAAGCUGACACUCUCUUUUUAUCAAUGGAGAAGAGCGGCUGUACUGCAACCUCUUGGAUGUUAAAUCAUAUUAUCAGAAGGUUACUGGAAAGAGGAGAGAUAGUCAAGGCUGGAAAUUAUAUGUCGAAAGUUGAUGCAAAGAGCUACUCACUUGAAGCUAAAACUGUUUCGCUGCUGAUCUCCCUCUUUUCAGGGAAAGGGAAGUAUAGAGAACACAUAAAAUUGCUCCCUAUGAAGUAUCAGUUUCUCGAAGAAGCAGCCACAGUUGAAUAGUUUGAUACAUGAUCUCUGAACUCAACUCCUAGAAGUUAACUUGGAUUGUUGCUUGCCAUGGGUCCUUAUGCUUGUACAACAAAUGCAUUUUCUGUUUGGCUUAUCACAAUCUCAGUAUUAUACAGUUAGUGAAAGAAGAUCUAUUUCUAGUAACAUGAAAGCUUCCAUAAGGCUUGUGUUCCACUUCUCACUUGCUGUUUUGAGGCUGCUUGCAUACAUUUUAGUCGUUUCUUUGCCACUUGAUAUAUGAUAUCGUCAAAUAUUGGUAAAGUUUUGGGCACUUGGAGAUGCCGGACUUCAUCAUUGUCAAGGCUUCUAUCUGAAAAUUGGACUACUGUAUCCGCGAGGAUCCUGCGGGCACUGACUGUGCUCUUGAGAUCUAGAAUGCUGGCAAUGGCAUGGUUGGCCGCACAGAGAAGGAGUCUACCUGAUGAAAUGCAGAGAGCAAGACUAUGUCCAAUUCAGAGGUGUUGUGCAUCAAAUUGAUUUUAAAUGAAUACACGUGCUCAGGUCGAAGGUGAAGCUGGGAUGGCACUAUGUUUUGUCAUGAAAAGGUGUUAAGGCUGAAAAGGUGAAUCCAUUGACUAUGUUUCAUUGAGCUCUGAAGGUCAUAAGGAUUUUGUCCAAGGUUGCUGCCUAUAGGAAAAUCAGGUACAUCAUCCUCUCUAAGAUCCAGGAUCACACGGGUACGGCUCAUGCUGCCACGUUGCAACAAGACGGCUAGGAGACGCUUGGUCGCACAGCAAAUGCGCUCUACUCGGUUGACUAUGCAGCACGAUUUGGCAGUAACAUGCGUGACGCUAUGUAUCAUCAGUAUCUGUCCCAAGUGGAAAGUCGCAAAAGGGAAUGCGGAACGGUAAUCAGCUCGUGAAAUGCACCAUUGUUGGAGCUGAAAAGAUCCAUUGGAAGCUGCAUCGUGUGAGAUGUGACGGUGAUGGCUGUUGAAGCUAACAUGCCAGGUUCUGCUCAUGGUAGCCGCAUUUGUGGAGCGCGAUGAGGAAGAGGCAAAUGCUCGACGUCAUGGCGGUUCCACGCUGGGACGGCAGUAUUUGUAUCGCGGAAGAGAUGCGGGAUUUGUUCUAUUGUGGAAAGACUACUUCAAAGAAAAUCCCACAUUUCCUGAAAGUUAUUUUCGUCGAAGGUAUAGAAUGUCUCGUAAUUUAUUUAAUCGCAUAGCUGAAGCAGUACUUGAGCAUGAUAGUUAUUUUAAGCAAAAAAGAAAUUCUGCUGGAGCUCUUGGAUUGCAUCCUCUGCAAAAGAUGACAGCUGCAAUGCGACUGCUAACGUAUGGAUAUGUCGCUGAUGCCGCGGAUGAGUAUUGUCGGUCUGGAGAAUCUACUAAUCUAGCAUCUUGCAAAAAGUUUGUGAUAGCUAUUUGUGAAGUCUUUGGGGACCAGUAUCUGAGAUCUCCAAAUGGAGAAGAUACUGCUAGAUUACUUGACAUAGGGGAGCAAAGAGGUUUUCCUGGUAUGUUAGGGUGUAUAGAUUGCAUGCAUUGGACUUGGAAAAAUUGUCCUAAAAAAUGGCAUGGCAUGUUUAAAGGUCAUGUGAAUAAGCCCACAAUGAUUCUGGAGGCAGUUGCAUCGAAGGAUCUUUGGAUUUGGCAUGCAUUCUUUGGUUUACCAGGGUCUCUCAAUGACAUAAAUAUUCUUCAACGUUCACCUCUGUUUGCAAAGCUAUCCGAAGGUCAAGCUCCAGAAGUGAAUUAUACCAUCAAUGGCCAUCCGUACACAAUGGGGUAUUACCUUGCAGAUGGUAUAUACCCACCAUGGGCAACAUUUGUGAAGACCAUACCAUCUCCAGAAGGCAGAAAAAGGAAACAUUUCGCCAAAAGACACGAGGGAGCCAGAAAGGAUGUGGAGAGAGCCUUCGGAGUUCUGCAAUCCCGCUUUGCUAUUGUUUGGGGACCUGCCAAAGGUUGGAAACGCAAAGAAAUUGGUGAUCUAAUGAAAGCUUGCAUCAUAAUGCACAAUAUGAUAGUUGACGAUGAGCGAGACAGCGGUCCACGAGACUACAACUACGACUCUAUGGGAGUAAAGGUGGUCCCAUCUCGUUCUCAUGCGGAACAACUGAGUGUGUUUAUUCAAAUGAAUCAACGGAUCGCAAACAGAGCAUUUCACUCUCUGCUUCAAGAUGAUCUAGUUGAGCACAUCUGGCAGAAGUUUGUAGAUGAAUGAUUAUGUAUGCAAUUGUAAUAAUGUAGUUGAAUCUUAUCAUGUACUAUUACAGUUAUGGCAUAAUGCAAUGUUUCCAAUAUA